AUGGACGACCCGGCACAGACCACCGCUCCACCCCCGUCCCCCCACCUUCUCAUCGCUGCGGCGUUGAGUGACCCAGGCCAUGACAUCCUUCUUGCCGAUAAUGCUGACACGCUGGUAUACAUUGACCCUCCGUCCUUCAAGUCCACCGGGCACUUGCAGCCUGAAUCUCCCUCAUGCAUCCCCCACCGUGUCAACAGCCAGAACCUCUUGAGAACAGAGUCCCUCGACCUCACCAGGCCUUUUGAGGCAAGGAAACUAGCUCCCACGAUCAAGCGUCGCGGGCUGGCGGGCGUGCUCCCGAGCGGAAUCAGAUAUGUCGUUGACCUCACUCCUCCCUCGGAAGGUGAUGAGGCCGUGACUUUUACCACAGAACUUUCGUGUCCGCUGGGUAUCAGGACCUGGGCUCGUUCGAAGGAGCGGUGGGGACUGCCCGAGCACUGCGUCGGUGGGACAGAUGAAAAUGAGGAGGGUGGCAGUCAAUCAGCCCUUCCGGCUGAGUAUUCGGGCUCCCGUCAUCGAAGGGGUAUUGUGGAUAUACUCAAGGUUUUGCAUUAUAUCAACCCCUGCCUGGAUACUCCCUGCAAGAUGUGGACGUACUUCGCGUUGGCCAAAGUGCUCGGUAUUGCUACACACUCUGAGAUCAACGUUCACAUCUUGACUUGGGUAUACGAUCCGGACAAUACGAAGUUCAUCGAACUGCAUCCUGAGGUCGCAUAUCGCAUCGCUUGUGGCAUUCAGUGUGAGCGGAUGUGCCAAGAUGCAUUCAGCAUCCUUGUCGGGGAGGAGGCUUUGCUCCGUCUGGCCGAUGCGGGCAAAGAGCCUAGACUCCAGUGGCCAUCUCGGACGAUACAUGGUCGGCCUCGCGAGCCGUUGGAGGAUGGAGAUCGCCAGCGGGUGGAAUAUGCAAGCCAUAGCCUUUUGGAUCGUGUGAUCGACCGGUUCCUCGAGCUUGCGGGCGCUGAUAUGCUCUGGUUCUCACAAAUAACGGCGUAUCACAGUAUUCAGGCACACACCCACACAUGCUAUGACUGUGAACAUGCGGCAAACCUGGUGAACACCCUGAAACAAUACAUCAGGGGACACAUCUUCACGGUCUUGGCCGUCAACGCAGGUACAGCGGUGACCGGCAAACUGAGCAAGAAAGUCGUUGCCGACGACUCCUAUCCGACUCAAGACUUCGUAGACGCCUGCAACAGUAUGAGCCUGCCAGAGCGUAUAAUGACCUACAGCUUUUGGAAAGGCCUCGUGGUGAUCGACGACGUCAGCCACCGCUUGUUCAACCCAGGACCAGAGCUCGGAAUUCGCACACUGGCCGACGUAGGAAGUCCCUUGGCUUCUUUCCUCGCCCAGGGCUCUGCAGAGAUCGGGAAUGUCGAUUUGUCGGAUUUGCUCCUCAGAGCCAACCAGUACAACAGGCACGUGGAUCCUAUGAGCCCCAGGUUUGGUUUCCGCACGAUCGCGAUGGAGUGCAUUAUCGAAGCACGAACUAAUACGGGCGUGUUAGGCCCACUGACGUGGCAGCAUCUGGCGAGCAUCUUCAAUCCCCAGGACUUCAUUGACCAGGCGCGCUCAUACAUAGCCGUCGUUGCGGAGCAAAUGAUACAGGCCAUCAGACCGGACGCCAGUUUCUCCAUCACGGACACCCUCACUUGCCUCGUGGACAGCGAGAUCCAGUUCCUCCCUUUGUGGGCCGGAGGCAACGAGGAUGGGACAGGGGGCGUGUACACCGACCAAGGCAUGGCUGAACUCGACACAUGCGGGUUCUCCAUGUUCCAACCGGCAGUACCCACGGGACAUACUGUUCCCUCGUCAAUAUCUUUUCCCGGUGCCGAUACUUCCAUGUACGAAAGCACCGUCCAAGGCGCCUCGCACAGGGCCACCGCCAGCCAUUUGACAGACGUCAUGUCCGUAGCCUCUGAAGCUUUCUCUGCCUUUUCUGAAGAUCUGUCUGAGCAGGUGGACAACAUCGUCCCCUGUGUAGACCAGGAUGCUGGAACGUUAUCUACUUCAUCUGGAAAGCAGCCUGAACAGGCAGAUGAGGACGAGUUCUGCGUGAACAUGGACUCAUCCGCGGACGAUGAGCUAGAGGACUAUUUCGAUACCGAUAGCGACGACGAUGACGGCGGCACUGCGAUGGUGGAUUCUUCGGGCGCAAUUGAUGCUCUCGAGGAUGUUGCUGCGGGCCUUGAGCGUAUUGAUUUGGGGGACGUAGAGGCUGUUUCCGACUAGUCGGUUUGGGGUAUCUAGAUGGUCCUUACAUCUCAAUGACUGAUGUGGCUCCUGGUUUCUAUCAUGCUGGUAACUCCACACUUGGGAGUAGAACCGAGGCUAGAAGUCAACUGUUCGCAUAGACAUCCA